UUGUAGAUUGUAGAUUUUAGAUUGUUGAAAGAAAGAGAGAGAAAAAGAAGAAUGAGUGAAACAGAUAAUUCAAUGUCAUCAUCUUUAGCCACUCAAAUAUGCGACCAGAUUAAUCAAGUUUUCACCAAACCCACUUCAACCCCACCAGCACUAACCAUUUUAGUCGAAGAAAUCUCCGGCGCCGCCGCCCGCGGCGGUCAAAUCUUCGUUUACGGAGUGGGUCGAGAAGGGCUUAUGCUGAAAGCCCUCUGUAUGAGACUCUUCCAUUUGGGUUUAUCAGCUCACUGUGUAUUCGACAUGACAACUCCUCCCAUAACCAGUUCAGAUCUUCUGAUCGCAUCCGCCGGUCCUGGAGGCUUCUCUACCGUUGAUGCAAUCUGCGGUGUCGCCAAAUCGAACGGCGCCCGUGUCGUCUUGCUGACGGCUCAGCCGGAGUCGGGAUCUGCUGCAGCCAAAUGCGCAAGUGUUAUAGCUAACAUACCGGCGCAGACCAUGGCGGAUGAUGGAAUGGUUGGAUCUGGACCGUUGUUGCUUCCGAUGGGGAGCGUGUAUGAAGGAGCUUUGUUUGUGCUUUUUGAGAUGGUGAUCUUUAAAUUGAGCCAGCCGUUGGAUCAGAGUCCUGAUGCCGUCCGAUCUCGUCAUACAAAUCUGGAAUAGGUAGAACGACUAAUCAUUGAUUGUCCUGUUUCUUUUCUUUCUUACAAAACAAUGUUAUUAUUAUAUUACUAAAUACAUUAUAAACUAAUUAAUUAUAAAUUAGUAAUUUAUUAAUUAAA